CGCCUCACUGCAGAUUAUAACAGACAGAGAGAGAGAGAGGGGGGGAAGGAGAGAGAGGGAGGAGAGAGAGUCGCUUCCCAAUUCCCAAUUGUUUGGAAUCCGCGCGGGGUUGCGCACCCUUCACUUCGCCGUGGAGAUGGGUUUGUGUGGAGAUUUGAGCUCUUCUUGGGACAGUGACGAUGAAUAUGAGAAAUUCAUCCGAAAAAUGAACCCUCCGCGGGUUGUUGUCGAUAACAGUUCUUGUCCAAAUGCUACGGUUAUUAAGGUCGAUAGCAUAAAUAAAUAUGGAAUCCUUCUGGAAGUUGUUCAGGUCCUUAUGGACCUUAAUCUCAUUGUCAUCAAAGCUUAUAUAUCAUCUGAUGGAGGAUGGUUCAUGGAUGUUUUCAAUGUGACUGAUCCAGAUGGAAAGAAAAUUGAGAGGCAAAAGGACCUUGAUAAUAUAAAGGAGUGCAUUCAAAAGUCCAUAGGGGAAGGUUCUUCUGCUGUACCUUCGCGAAGGAGAUCUGUAGAUCUCAAACCUUCUUCCGAUCACACAUCCAUCGAGCUGACAGGGACAGAUCGGCCUGGCCUCCUCUCUGAAGUUAGUGCUGUUCUUACUGAUCUUAAAUGCAAUGUGGUGAGUGCUGAGGUCUGGACACACAACACUCGAGCCGCAGCAGUUAUGCAGGUGACCGACGAGAUGAAUUCAGCUAUAACUGAUCCUCAAAGACUCUCUAGAAUCAAACAGCUACUUUGCAAUGUGCUAAAAGGGAACAACAGGCAUAGGGGAGCCAAGACUGCGGUUUCCAUGGGUAUCACUAACACAGAGAGAAGGCUUCACCAGUUGAUGCUUGAUGAUAGGGAUUACGAGAGGUCUGAAGAAGAUAGUGGGAAUGAGAAUUGCUGGACAAAGGUUGCUGUUGUCAAUUGGUUUGACAAGGAUUAUUCUGUGGUCACAAUACGGUGUAAGGAUAGGCCGAAGCUUCUUUUCGAUACAGUUUGCACUUUAACAGAUAUGCAAUAUGUGGUUUUCCAUGGAAGUGUGGAUGCAGAGGGCCCUGAAGCUUAUCAGGAGUACUACAUCAGGCACAUAGAUGGUUCUCCAGUGAACUCGGAAGCUGAGAGACAACGAGUUGUUCAGUGCCUUGAAGCAGCUAUCGAGAGGAGAGUCUCCGAGGGUCUCAAGUUGGAAUUGUGUACGAGUGAUCGAAUGGGUCUGUUAUCCGAUGUCACAAGAAUAUUUCGUGAGCAUGGCCUGACUGUGACAAGAGCUGAAGUGGCUACAAGAGAUUGCAAAGCCGUCAACACGUUCUAUGUCCGCGAUGCUACCGGUAACUCAGUCGACCCAAAGACCUUAGACGACAUACGAGCCAAGAUAGGCCGGACAGUACUACAAGUAAAAGGCAUUUCCGAUCACCUCAAAUCCCCCAGUGAUGCUCCUAGCAGAUUUCUGUUUAGCGGUCUAUUCAAGGCUAGAUCACUUUACAAUCUUGGAUUAAUCAGGCCUCCCACUUAAGUUUGUUCAUUGUGUACAUAGUUACCCGACCAUUCAAAAGGAGGAACACAAAGGAAGUGAAUGCAGAAGCUUUGCUUCCUUUACCACGCACAUCUAGAAGGGGCUUAUCUCAGAUCAUAGCAAGGAAACAAACCUGUCAGUGUAAAAACAUGCUACGGUGAAUGUACCAUGCUCAUUUGAAUGUGAAUAUCAUUUUAAUUCUACAA